AUGGUCAAAUUAACCGAAUCCGCUGUUUAUAUUCGCACUAAAAGUAGUAUUGAAAAUGUGAAAAAAUUGAAUCUUUGGGGUUGCUGCAUCGACGAUAUAAGCAUUUGCGAGAAAAUGCAAGCGCUUGAAGUUCUCUCAUUAAGUGUGAAUCAGGUCCGAAGUCUGGAGCCUUUAAAACAUUGUCACAAUCUCAGAGAGCUCUAUCUAAGGAAGAAUGAGAUUCAGAGUCUUGACGAGCUGAACCAUCUGAAAGGUCUCAAAAAUUUACGAGUUCUUUGGAUUGACGAGAAUCCCUGUGUUGACGGUCUCGGGCCAGAGAGCUAUCGUCGGAAAAUUCUCGAAAUUCUUCCCCAAUUGACGAAACUUGAUGAUAAGCCGGUAACGUCAGCCGACACAACGCCGACUGUUAUCGACGACAGUGUCCCAGAAUGCGAUAUGCACGCGUCCGUCUACAGCGCACGAUCGAAUCGUUCCAGGUCGGGAAGCUCGGAUCUCAUCACAAGGUCUAUGUACGUUUCGCAUUCGCAUGGUCCGCAAAUUUUCGAACGAAUCGUGCAGCCUCAAUUGUUGCAUUUAGGCGACAUUUCGGAUGAUGAGAAACCGCCGGCCAAAUAUUCUUUGGAAGUCCCCGGAGUGCCGGAACCAACGGACCAUCGAAAUAAUAUAAUGAGUCAAUCGAUGUAUGGCACACUUUUGGAGAAGCCGAGCUCCGUCGAUGGCGAUGAUGAAUGGAAUGAUUUUAGUAUCGAAGAAGACCGCCCGAUGCCAAUUGCGCCGCAACGAAUGUAUCAGAGUAUGCACGAAGGGAUGAUGAUGCUAUCGGGCGAUUCUCGAAGGCCGACGACGAAUGGGAGGAGUGUGAGCAUGCCGAGGCGGCGAAUCACCGGUAGAGCGAAUUCGACAAGCCCAGCUCGGGACGUGCGUCUCUCGAAAAUCAUGUCGGCGGUGUCGGUACUUUUGGACGAACUCGACGCCGACGGACUACGACAGGUUGUCGGCGAGGCGCAAAAGCGAAUGAAGAAACAACGCUAA